ACGAUAUCCCCUCCCUGUUUAUACUUCUCUCCAGUCCAGUCCUCACCCAUUUCCGGAUCUGCCUCUUCCAGCUUUUGAGAAACAACAACCGGUCUGCAAUUGCAGGAGCUUCCCCGCUAACCGAGCCCCGUACCCUGAGGACUGCACAAAAUGGAAAAUUAUAAACACAUGACUGACGAUGAACUUAUUGAAACCCUGCAGAAAUGCAACAUCACACAUGGUCCUAUUGUCGGUACUACUCGGACUUUAUAUGAGAAGAAACUUUAUGAAUAUGAACGCAGCAAGACUAGGAAUCCGUAUCCUCUAGGUUCCUACGAGAGCAAAACACACUACAGAAACAGAGCGAAUGAAGAGGACUUGGCGGAUGAGAAUUAUUACGAAGAGAAAACAGUUACCAGAACCUACCAGUAUCCCCAAGCACGACCACGAACCACCUUUGAUCGGCUUGAACGAGAACCACUCUAUAAAGAAAACACGUACCAGCCCAUAUCCCAGAUGCGCCAUCUGGGGGCAACACAGAGGGUAGAGCCUCGCAGGCCAAUCCGUGUGAAGCAAAAUGAAGAGAAACCCUGUAAGAGAUACUUCCCAGCGUGGUUGCAGAUUCUCUUACUUCUCCUGUUCGUUGGUUUCCUGGCCGCUGUUUACUUCCUGCAGGAGCCUGACGUCAAUCCAUCCAGGCUGGAAAGUAACUAAUCAAAUCAGCGUUAGCGGAUCUACCAACAAUGUUGCACACUAUGCUUUAAGGCAGGGCUGUCCAUCUUCAGCCUCAAAGGCUUUAAUGGGGCAGUAUCCAUCUGUGUUCAACAUGAGCUGAAAAUGUUUAAUUGAAAAAUUAAUAUUUCUCUUUAUUUUUUUUUAUUUUUUUUACUAUUUUCCUACUUGAAUUUCCCACUUGCUAUCGUUCUCUCACUUUGGAAUAGAAAAGUAGUUUCAAAUUCACCUUUCUGUCUUUCAUCGACCUGUGCAAGAAAAGCUAUUGACGUUUCCUAAUGAGAUCAAUUGGCAGAACUUGUGUAAAGCUCUCUUUACUGACCUCAUGUGGAACAAAGGUGUUAUUGCAUAUUAAAUAAUGUAUUGGGUUUGCCCUCUACUAAGGACAUGUGAAUGGUUUAAAAUAGCAGAAGAGAGAUUUAUUUUAAUAUUGCCUUUUUUUUGGAGUUGGACAGCCCAGGGUAGAUCCUUGUGUGUGUGCUGUAGUGAUCAGUUAUACCGAUUUGUUAAUACUGUAUGAAUGGAAUAUGCACAGAUUCACACUGGGGGUAUUAAUGGAAAUACCCCCAGUGAUUUUAAGUUUUCUACUCCUUUAAAUGGUCCUAAUGAUCUUGCACUGCCUCUUAUUGCUUUUAUCAUUUAUAGCAGAGACUAACAAACACGUUGCACCGUAGCAGAAUAAAGCCGUGCACAUUAACGUGAAUAUCUGUUGCAAUUAAGUUGUUGCCACUGUUUCCACAAUUAAAGGGCAUGCAAAACCCCAAGAUCAUUUGCUAUUUUUAUGGAAAAGGGCCACAACCAGCACCUCUAUGCUACAGUCCCCUCUUCCCCGUAGUCACAUUCUUUCUGCUGAACAUCCAUAGCAAUGCACAAGCACAGUCAGCCUUGGUUGACCUGUGCUUUAAAGAAGACCUUAAGCUCCCCUAAGUUCCAGGCAUUGCCCCCCUAUCUUUCCCCUCGAUGUGUUUAUCACCCUUAAAUGCAGAGUAGUGCAGCGGAGCUACCUGUCGCCAUCUUGCCGAUCUUCGUGUAGUCUUCGGGUCUCAAUGCCAAUUUGCAGGCUUCGUCACAACAAAGAGAUCCUAAGACUACAGGAAGAUCCGGAAGAUGGUCACUAAAGCACACUUUAGAGAGUGGGGGGGGCAAUGCCUGGAAGCUUAGGGGCGGGGCUUAUGGUGGUUAGUUCUCCUUUAAGGCAAUGAGGAGUGCAGGAGACCUGCAUUUCAAUUGGUAUAGUACUGCUGCCUAUGGGAAGGCCUGUAUCUGUAACUGCUAUGUGCAAACCGAUCUUGGGGAGUUAGUUGCACUUUAACAGGUAGUGGCCUAAAAUGUAUACUGUAUAUAUUAAAAAUUGAUUUUUUUUCGCCCCAUGUUCUACACAAAUAGUGUAUGUUCAGACAAGUAAAUAUAACAUACACAAAAAUGGCUGUGGGCUAAGGACUAGCCCUUGCAUCAUUUAGAUGUGCUUCGGCCUUUCUGGGGCUGAAUUUUAUUUUUAAAUAUGACUAUGCCACCAAGGGGAGUGUGACGCUCCCCCCUUGCGCUUUACAGUGCAUUAUAUAAGUUUAUAUAUUGGGUUUUAAUGUGUUCCCUUUGGAUCCCACUGGGCUUCCUGAAUUGCAGCUGCCUGAGAUAUGACAAAUAGGUUGUCUUAAAGAAACACUAACCGCAAAGUAAAUGUUGCUUUCAUUUAAUGUUGUAGCAUGGGGGAAGCCUUCUUCCUGGCACCAGGUAAAGGCACAUGUAAUAUGGUCUUAUUGUGUAUCAAUAAUAUGCAAAUACACUUUUGCUGUUCCUCACUGACAUUUUAACAGGCAUAGUGUGUAAGUGUAGUGGCAUUUUCUCCAGAGUUACAUUUUAAUUUAAAUAUGUGUUGAUUAACACUCAACAAUUGUGCCCAGGUAUAGUUGUAUCUAUCCUUUACCUAAACCAUAAAGUACGGGGGCUCAGUGUGUGCCCAGGACAUUCAUUUUCUGCACAUUUUUACAUGUUGUGGGGAAUAGGCUGUCUUUCUAACAGCACUGGGGCAAAAUACUCAGGUGGGACUGUCCAAACCAAGACCUUUUAUUGGAUGUAGAUGGGUGGGAUGAGUUGCAUUUCAACAAUAAUUGCAAGUUCUGCUCUUGCCAGGGCCCUGGCCACUCUUUGGGUAGAAAAAAGGGUCGAUUUGGAUGGGAGCUGCCGUACUGCUUUAGCUAAACACUUCCCUCCGACGGCACCAUCUACCACUAGAUUGCAAUGUUUUAUCAAAGGCUAUAGCGCACAGCUAUUUAGUUAUUGAACUGCAACUUUCCACACCCACUAUAAUUAACUAAUAGUAUUGGCAUUUCCAAGGGAGGCACUGUGUCAUUCUGUAGCUCUUAAUAUAGACAGACGAGAGGCUCAUUCCCAGCUUGAUAAUAAUAAGCUUUUGUUAUAGAACCACUUGUUAUCAGCACUUACUGUAUAGUGUGAGACGUUUUUGUUAUAUUCAGUGUAUGUGUGUGUGUAUAUAUAUAUUAUAUAUAUAUAUAUAUAUAUAUAUAUAUAUAUAUAUAUAUAUACCGUAUAUAUACCGUAUAUAUAUAUAUAUAUAUACCGUAUAUAUAUAUAUAUAUAUAUAUAUAUACUGUUUGCUCCAUCAAAUAUGUACCCGUGAGCAGGGAGCUUCCAUGUUUCACACAAUUUUUUAAUCAAUAAAAUGUUUUAUGAAA